CAAGGCGCAUUCUUGUAAUUAUUCUACAAUUCUCUGUCCUUUUUCAUUUUCCCAAUACUCCCUCUAUUUAUACUCUCAAAUUCUCACUCCCAAACCCUAUCUUUCCAAUCCAUAUCUUCAUUUCAAACUCUCAAAACUAGAACUCUUGGAAGCCUAUUUGCAUAUUAAUUUGGAAAAUGAAGGAUCAUUCCUCUUAGCAGAAAGUUGCUCAAGCUUUAUUAGUCCCCAAUAUAUAUCUUAAAGUUCUCCUUUUUCCAUGCAACUUAUGAUAUAGAGCUUUCAUCUAAACUAGAGAGAAAAAAUGGCCAGCAUAGGAUCAAAAUCAUGCGAUAAGUCGAUCAUGUUUCUGAUUGUGUUCGUGCUAUUUUACAUGCAGCAGUGCAAAUGUAGCUCUGAGCUGGAGCUACUUUUAUCGGUGAAAUCAUCGAUGAAGGAUCCAUUAGGAUCUCUUCAUGAUUGGAUUCCGCUGUCUCAAUCUUUUUGCCAUUGGAAUGGUGUUGUUUGUGAUGACUUAUCAAAUGUAGCAAAAAUUGAGCUCUCAGGGAAGAACUUAUCUGGAAGAUUAUCUGAGACUAUUUUCAACUUUCCAUAUGUUGAAUUGAUUGAUCUCUCGAAUAAUCAACUCUACGGAGAAAUUCCAAGCAAUUUUUCGUCAUGUUUGGCACUAAGAUUUCUCAAUCUUAGCAACAAUAACUUCACAGGUACACUUCCUCAAGGCUCAAGAAUCCCACUUCUCGAGACAUUGGAUCUCUCAAACAACAUGAUUUCAGGGAAGAUCCCCGAAAAUAUUGGCUUAUUCUCAAGGCUUAAAGUUGUUGAUUUUGGUGGAAAUGUCUUGGUUGGAAGCAUUCCAAAGUCUAUUGCGAAUAUUUCUAAUUUGGAAUUUUUGACUCUUGCUUCAAACCAAUUAAUCGGAGAGAUCCCUCGAGAACUAGGUCUUAUGAAGAAGUUGAAGCUUAUUUAUUUGGGAUACAACAAUCUGUCUGGUGGAAUUCCGGAGGAGAUUGGUGAAUUGUCUUCUUUGUAUCAUCUGGAUCUCGUGUACAACAAUCUCACAGGUGAAAUCCCUUCAUCUCUAGGUAAUCUCACCAAUCUUGAGUACCUUUUUCUCUACAUAAACAAACUCACUGGCCCAAUUCCAAGAUCCCUAUUUAAUCUCAAGAAAAUGGUAUCACUUGAUUUAAGUGAUAAUUUCUUGUCUGGUGAAAUCUCCACACUUAUAUCCCAAUUGCAAAAUUUGGAAGUUCUACAAUUGUUUGCCAACAAUUUCACUGGUAGAAUUCCAAAUUCUUUGACUUCCUUGCCUCGUCUUCAAGUUCUUCAAUUAUGGUCUAAUAAAUUAUCAGGUGAGAUUCCUAAAGACCUUGGAAAAUACAACAAUCUCACAAUCCUAGACCUUUCCACCAAUAACCUCACAGGAAAAAUACCGGAAAAAAUAUGUUAUUCCAAUCAUCUUUUUAAACUCAUACUCUUUUCAAAUUCACUUCAUGGCGAAAUCCCUUCAAGCUUGAGCCAUUGCAAAAGCUUACAGAGGGUUCGCCUUCAAAACAAUCAACUCACCGGUGAAUUGUCCCCAGAGUUCACAAAGCUCCCACUUGUUUACUUCCUUGAUAUCUCAGGUAACAAUCUUUUUGGCUCCAUUAGCGAAAGGAAAUGGGAUAUGCCAGCACUUCAAAUGCUAAAUUUAGCUAGGAACAAGUUUUUCGGUACCUUGCCUGAUUCUUUUGGUAGUAAGAAUCUCGAAAACUUGGACUUAUCCGAAAAUACUUUUUACGGUACCAUUCCUAAGAAUUUCGGGAAAUUAUCAGAGCUAAUGGAGCUAAAACUAUGCGGCAAUGAGCUAUCAGGUGAAAUCCCAGAUGAAUUAUCUUCAUGCAAGAAGGUUGUGAGUCUUGAUCUGAGCCGUAAUCGACUUUCUGGUCAAAUUCCAUCUAGUUUUUCAGAAAUGCAAGUUCUUAGCCUUCUUGAUUUGUCAAUGAAUCAAUUAUCAGGCGAAAUCCCGCCAAAUUUGGGGAAAGUUGAAUCACUAGUCUUGGUCAAUAUCUCUCACAACCACUUCCGUGGAAAUUUACCGUCCACCGGAGCUUUCUUAGCCAUAAAUUCAAGCGCGGUGGUAGGAAAUCAACUAUGUAGAUGUGGAGACGAAAUUACAAGCGGUUUACCGCCUUGUAAGUCACUGAAGAAAAGUUCAAUUUGGUUGUUCUUCUUGACAUGUCUUGUUGGAAUACUAGUCUUGCUAGUAAUUUCGGCUUUAGUUGUCGUAUUUAUUCAAAGGAGAAGAGAAUUGAAGCUCAAGAAAGUGGAGAGUACUCAAGAUGGUAAUAAUUGGGAAAUACAAUUCUUCGAUUCCAAAGCCUCGAAAUCCAUCACCCUCGAUGACAUCUUAGGGAUUGGAGUUUCGUACAAAAGGUUUUAUUCUGAAAUAAACAACAUGCAAAUAUUCGUGAAGAAGUUGAAUGUGAAUAUCCCGACAAGUUCUUGGAAAAACAUCCAAGAACUAGGAAAUAUUCGACAUCCAAAUGUUGUGAAGAUAUUGGCUGCAUGCAAAUCGGAGAAAGGCGGGAUUUUGGUUUACGAGUACGUAGAGGGGGAAAAUUUGAGUGAUGUGAUUCGAGUCAUGAGUUGGGAACGUAGACAAAAAGUGGCUAUUGGAAUUGCUAGAGCACUGAAAUAUUUGCAUUGUUCUUGUUCCCCAAGCAUUUUUAUCGGCGACCUUUCGCCCCGGAAAGUUAUCGUUGAUGAAAAAGAUGAAGCUCGCCUGAGAUUGAGUCUUCCCACUACGGCCUACGUUGUUCCAGAAUACAAUGGAAUAUGCAAGAAGAGUGACAUAUAUGGACUUGGGCUUGUUUUGAUCGAGUUAUUGACUGGAAGAAAUCCCGGUGAUGCUGAAUUUGGUAAGGGUGUGAGUAUCGUUGAUUGGGCGCGAUAUUGUUACUCGGAAUGUCAUUUGGAGACAUGGAUUGAACCAAUAAUGAAGAGUGAUGCAGUGAAUAAUCAGAAUAAAAUGGUGGAGAUGAUGAAUGUGGCCCUGCAAUGUACUGCUAGUGAACCAGCAUCAAGACCUUGUGCUAGUGAUGUUGCAAAGACAUUGGACUCUUUUGUGAGAUCAAAUUCUUGUGGUUUAGGCUUGAAAAGGUGUUCUAGUGUUUAGAUUUUGGAAUUCUAACUCCAAGAUUUUUGUUUUUAUGUUAAAGUUUCAACCUUUUUUUAUUUUUUUUUAUUUUUACUUUUAAUGUUUUAGAUGAUAUGUGGCAUGGUAUUUUGAGUGUAAAAAUGUAGAUAUGAAACUAAAUGCUAAUAUAUAGUAGAUUGCGACUUUUAAAAUUCUCCUCACGUUUAAAA